UAUGGGGUUUUCGCGAGACAUUGUAGGUAAAUCAGUAUAAGCCUAGUCCACAGUGCACACAGUAGGGGCAGGUGUGUAAGUGCAAUCGUCGUCGGAGCCCAGCGUAACUCCAGGAAAUGUGACCGAAAUGUCAAAUGUUGUAUGUACGCGACAUGAUGCAUUUCCCAUUCGGAGGUGAACCCACGAGCAACAUUGAACAAGCUUAUUCCAGUCGACGUGCCGGACUUACAGCCAGGUGGCUUCAACUCGUCAUUCUGGGCUAUGAUAGGAACGCCUCGCUCGUCGCAAAUGGCUCCGGCACAGGUGGCAGAGGUCCAUAUCAACGGACACCAGGACCUCAAAAUCGACACAGCUGUGAAUCCCGAGAAAGCCACGCAGCGAAUAGAGGAUAUGGAGCAACCACAGCAGAAUGGGAAGGAGGAGGAGACAAAACCCAAGCGCAUUGACACGAUUGCGUUGAAGAAGCAGCUGGCUGUGGCUUUGGGAGAGCGUGGGGACGAGUAUUGGACGAAGCUGAAGGAUUUUGUCGCGGGGAAGUGCAAUAGAGCAGAGUUUGAUGUGGUGGCUAGGGAGAUUUUGAAUAAACAUAAAGUAUUACUGCAUAACCGACUGAUAAUGGCCAUCCUCUUCAACGUAUACCGGGCCACCCCAAUACCCACCGACGUCCAUCCACAUAAAGAGUUCUACGUGCCACCGGAUCCAUCAACCGUGAAACUAAAACGAGAGUCGGCAGUGCAACUACCCAAGUAUGCAUCUGCGCCCGAUCCAGAUGCAUGGCCGGAGUACUGGGUGACGCGGAAACGGAAAGCGGCGGAUGACAUGACGAUACCGGAUUGGAAGACCAAAGUGCGGCGGAGGGAAGUCAUGUCGUUCGGGAUUUCCGAGAGGCAACGGAUUAAGAACUUGGUACCGAAGAACACAAACAUGAUCAGCGACCCAAAGACUGUCCCACUCCCGACGCGAUACCCCAAGGAAGUAGAGUUGCCAUUACAUGAAACGAUACCCAACCCUGCCGCAAUUCCAUCAGAACCAUCGCAAUUCCCGCCAUUAUGUCAAGAUCAGGGAUCAUUACCUACAUUCGACAACCUACGCGAGCUUAUGACUUUGGGUGCCAAGAUCGAGGGCCUGGCAGAGGGCAUCGAGUCAGAUGACUGCGUCAAGCUCAUCGAUGGCGCGUUACGGACGUUUAUCAUGAACCAACUAUCCACCAUCCUCCGCACAACCCUCUCCAGCCCUUCUUCAAGUUCCGCAUCAUCCACAAGUCCAAAGGGCGAGUCUUCAACAUCAUCAGUGAAUGCGGCGCCGCUGCUCCCAGCAGACGACGACCGGCCGCCCACAUAUAUACCGUUAUCACAUGUUCUGUUCACAUCGCGCUUACGGCCCUCGGUAUUCGCACGAUCGAUACCGCUAUUGGAGGAAGCAACGGCGAUGAUGGACGAGUUUGAGGGAACGAUUGAGGAGAAGGUCGGGGAUAUCAGUCGGGCCGCACACGGUGAAUGGGUCGCGCCGUGAGUGCUCCCGAUCCCGAC